AUGCUCAACUCAGAGCAGACAGAGCUCGACCUCCCGCCCUCUCACUCCGAGCCCGAAUCCGUCUUCAGCGACUGCGGCCGCGUGGGCAGCGCGGAGGAGUCCGGCGUCGCGUUGUGCCCACAGCCCCGCGGGGCUGAGCAGGGGGAGGCGGUGAAGAAGGACCUGCAGCACCUGAGCAGGGAGGAACGGCGACGGCGGCGACGAGCCACGGCCAAAUACCGAACGGCCCACGCCACGAGGGAGCGCAUCCGCGUGGAAGCCUUCAACAUGGCCUUCGCCGAGCUGCGCAAGCUGCUGCCCACGCUGCCGCCCGACAAGAAGCUCUCCAAGAUCGAGAUCCUCCGCCUGGCCAUCUGCUACAUCUCCUACCUGAACCAUGUGUUGGAUGUUUGAGCUUCCCAGCCUGUGUCUGUUUGUCUGUCCGGCCACCCAUCUGUAUCCAACCCAAACAUGCUGGGCCGAGGGCUUGAGUACGUCUGUCCAGAUGUGACCCAACCGCGCUGCACCUGCAUCUGUCUGACUGCUUGGAUGGACCGAAUCCCAUCUGCCCACUCUGCCUCUAUCCAAACUGCAUCUCCCCACCACCAAGCCCACAUCCAUCUGUCUGUCUGUCCUGCCUGAGCCAGAGCAGGCUGUUCAGCCCAUUAGACGUCUGUCUGUCCUGCUGGACCUGCUGCCUGAAGCCCGUCUGUUCCCAACGUCUGUCUGUCCUUCUGCUGCAUGUCCCGCUGAUAGUGCCAGCAGGAUCCUGAGCCCACAUCCAUCCAUCCCCACAGUCAUGACCUGCUCCAUCUUCACCCGCCUCUUUUCUACGAGCCACAAACUGCCCCCAUGAGGCACCAAGUCCCAUCCAUCUGCCCCUCCAGCCACAGGACACCACCUGGGGACCAGAACACCUCCCCAGCACUCUGCCCUGUGCACAGAGAAGCCCCUCCAGCUCCAUCCUGGUGGGGCACAGAGUGCUCAAGAGUGCUGCAGAUGUAGGGCAGGAUCCGGCCACACUGCACCAUGCACAGCUGCACAGUGUUGAGGCCACACUGGCCUAUGCUUGGCUGGAGCUGCUGUCACCUGGGGCCUGGCUGAGUCCUUCUGCUGCACACCCAACCUCCCCAAAUGCCUCCCACUGUGGGAGCACCUCAUCCCAGAGCUGUGCAUCCUUUCCUGCACCUCAGCUCUGAGCAGAGUGAGCAUGGAACCCCUGGCCUUUUACAAACCCUCUUUGCACCAACAUCCCUGAGAACCCCGGAGCAAUCUUCACACCCUGCCUCUUCCUCUGCCUCCCCCUUUAUUUUCUAAGAGUUAAUUUUGCACUGGCGGUGGCAGGAGCAUGAGCAGAGCUCCACAGGGACCAGGACAGAGCAGAAAGUGCCCGCUGUACCCAAAGGCAGUGUGCUGCUCACUGCAGGGUGGGACAUGACCCAGCUCCAUCCCCACCCUUGCACUGCCCACAGCUCCAGACCCCAUCUCCCUGCAUCCCCAGCGCUGCCCCCAUCCCAUGGGACGUGCUUGGGGAUGUGGCAUCCCCCAAGGGACAUGCACAAAGCAGGGCAGCCCACCCGUCCCCUCCACUCAGCCCACACCCCUGCGCCACGAGGAUAUUUAUUGAAUUAAUUUAUUGAUAAAUGUUAUUAUUUAUUUGCUGUGUUGUGCACUUUUCGGAAAGGAAUCUUUAGGAAGCAAACAAACAAACAGAAAUGACCACGGUGGAAAGCAGCCCAACCCACCCCCCGUGUGCCCCAGCGUGCGUUCAUCUCGGCUGUUCGGACUGUGUGAGGAUUUAUUAUUUAUGAGUUCACAAGGAAGUCG